CUUUCGACGAAUACAAGCGUGGGAGUUCAGGGAAUCGACUGAAGACAUGAAGCGUCUAAGAGACGGAAGGCAAGCUCGCCCCCUAGGGGCAAAUGGUGAUACGACGGGACACCCUAGCGGAGACCAGCUGCCUGAAGUCCCGGCACCUGCCGACGACCGACGACGGCUGGAUCGUCGACCCCAAUGGGCCAUCCGCCUCCCGUCAAGCCCAGCUGAGGCGGGUCGGAGAGGCGACACUUCGACAACAGGACAGGAUGCCAUGGGGCCAGCGCGCGGCAGCCAUCCAAGGGUGGAUCGACCAACAAACCCAGGACCCGGGGACCGACGCCGAAGAGGAAGUAGAGCCCGAUGGCCGCUUCGCAACCGCAGGUGUCCGCUCGGCGCCCAAUCACGACGUCGCCGCCCUGAAUCGCCGUUGGUUCGGGAGUUAUGGGGCUGCCAUCGACGACGACAACGCGACAACGGACACCGACGAGCACGAGACGAUAAUACGCGACGCUCAAAGCCUGGCGUCCACGCUGCAGGACGAAGGGAACAGACACCCACUGGCUCGCGGGAACGAAUGGGACUCGCCCCUUUGGGCCGAGUGGAACCUGGCCGGUCAAGGUCGGGCAGCCACCCCUCCAGCAGUACACCACGAGGACGAAUCCGGGGACGGUGCUGGACCACACUACUCCGACGUGUCCCACGCAAGCGAUACAGGGGGGGAAGUAGGACCCCAACGCGACGACGGAGGGUCCGAUUCCGGGUCCCUCAUGAGCCUGGGCUUCGCGCCCCAGGCGAACCAGCAGUGGGCACCAGCCAACCCGUCGGGGUCAGAUGAUGUCCCGCCUCCCCUCGUAGCCGCCCACGCCAUCACCGUAUUCUUACGCGAUCGCGCCUACCGACUGGGAGUCCGGCGACUGGAGGUCCAUGAUGGCACUUGCUUCCGCAAAAAAAUUUAACCGGCAGCCGGGCCGUCACCAACACUCUUCGGCACCCCCGAAGUAUGGAGGGGGUGUGAGGGAGCGUACGCUCCACCCACAUUUUUUCCGCCCAUCAGUUCGCCGUCAUUUUCCCAUUGGAGGGACCCGAGAUUACGUUAUUAGAAUUAAGAUUUUUGACUU